CAGGGACUAAUUUUACAAUUUUCUGGUUUUGUUAUAAAUAAUAGAAAGUCCUGAAAGUCCCCCUUCUCUGGAAGCUGCUGUUUUUCUGUUCUCCGCCGGUUCCCAAACGCUAACCGGUACCUUCUCUUGCGUAAGGUGGUGUAGUGAUGUUUUUACUUGGUGGGACUUCUUUAUGGGCCUCACUGAUGCAGUGAGCUUCUUGUUUGCGGCUGCUGUUUGGUGUGCCUCAUAUGCUGUAGUUGCAGUUCUCGGAGUCUUUCGGGCCUUUGAUUUUGUCUUUACCUCCGUUUCCAACUGACUCUAAGGAACUAUAGGAAUAAAGAGAAGUGAAAAAGAGGCAAGAAAAGUUAUCAUGGGCUACGCACAGUUAGUCAUUGGGCCUGCUGGCAGUGGAAAGUCUACGUACUGUUCUAGCUUGUAUCAACACUGUGAAGCUGUGGGCCGAUCAAUUCAUGUUGUAAAUCUGGAUCCUGCUGCAGAGAAUUUCGACUAUCCUGUUGCAAUGGAUAUUAGGGAGCUCAUUUCUCUGGAGGAUGUUAUGGAGGAACUUGGAUUGGGUCCGAAUGGUGGUCUUUUAUACUGCAUGGAGUAUCCUUUGCCUAUGUGGCAUCUGGAAGAUAAUUUGGAUGAUUGGCUGACGGAAGAGUUGGAUAAUUACAUGGAUGAUGAUUACUUAGUGUUUGACUGUCCAGGCCAGAUAGAACUCUUCUCCCAUGUACCGGUGCUUAAGAACUUUGUGGAGCAUUUAAGGCGAAAAAAUUACAAUGUCUGUGCUGUAUACUUGCUUGAUUCACAGUUUAUAACAGAUGUGACCAAGUUCAUUAGUGGCUGUAUGGCAUCGCUUUCUGCUAUGGUCCAACUAGAGCUACCUCACGUUAAUAUACUCUCCAAAAUGGAUCUUGUAACCAACAAGAAGGACAUUGAAAAUUACUUGGAUCCCGAGCCUCGGACACUGUUGGCAGAGUUGAAUCAGCGCAUGGGCCCACAGUUUGGAAAGCUUAAUAAAUCUUUGAUUGAAUUGGUGGACCAGUACAGCAUGGUGAGCUUCGUGCCUCUUGACCUGAGAAAAGAGAGCAGUAUUCAGUACAUUUUGUCGCAAAUUGACUGCUGCAUUCAGUACGGUGAAGAUGCGGAUGUGAAAGUCAAGGAUUUCGACCCUGCAGAUGAUGAUGAUUGAACCUUUUUGCUUCGUUUGAUACUUUGUGUUUCUUUUGGUAAGCCAAAGGAAAGCUACUUUGUAGGUUUUUGCCUCUUGAGAGAGAAAAAUUGGCUUCUCCUGAUUUGGACUUGUGACCGUUUGUCGUUUCUCGUCCGUGAUUGUGUUUUGUGACGAUGAACGACAUGUCAUCGACUGAAAAAUGGCGUUUUUACUGUGCAUCAUGUUUCUUUAAAUGCUUCCCAAAUUGAGAUGCAUCUCAGUUUGCAAUUCAGUGUGCAUAUGUUUUUACUUAAGUAUUGCAUAAAUGUUUUUAACCAAGUGAUGACAGUAGGUUUGUUUGAGUAAGCGUGUGUACUUUGGAUGGAUGAUGGUUUUAUCCAUUUUGUUUUUUACUCAUUAAUGCUACUAU